CAUAAUUUUCGCCGGGGGCUUAUUAUUGUCAGUCUCGAGAAGGGUGGGAUGCGAUCUGGCUAAGCUCGCUCUAGUGGGAGCUUGGUAGGACAUCCGUUGACUGGUGCGCUGCUGGGGGUCAUCCUGAGAAGGCGCGGGGUCUUUCAUUUGCGACGCGGUGACGGGGAUCGCGGUCGGGGUCGCUUAUGUAGCGGCUCGAGAAGAGGUGAAAACAGAACACCUAAUCAGCCGUCCAUGCGAGAUUUAGAAGCAGACAACCUCCGCAGAGGGGAUAGAGGAGCGUCCGGGGGAAAGCGCCAUCACCAAACAUCAACAACAUCCACUGCUUUGCCGGUUUGCACUGUUUGCAGCCUCGGGAUUAUGACAUAACCGCCGCUUUCUCAUCUUCAGCCCAUCUCUUUCCGAUCUUCCCUUUUCUUUUUGUCGCAACUCCAACUUCACCAUGGACGCUCCUUGUCUGGCGAUUCGUUCGCCCCUCCUCAGACGCUGCCAUGUCUGUCUUUCCGGUCCGCGCAUACCCGAUGCAUCUCGCUUGACCCGACCACGUGCCGUCACCCCAUUCAUUCGCCGCUCCAGCACCCGCAGAUAUGCCACCGUCCAAGACACACAGGCGGACAGUUUGAAUGACUCCAAGUCCCGUCAAGCGCAUCCGCUAUCGGGCUAUUACUACGAUAUUUUGUCCACUCGCUCACCCUACCGACACCACGCGACAACCGAUACCAAGACUGAAGAGCCCAAGCCAGAGGCGCAAACACCACAGGAAAAGAUGGCCAUUGUCUUCGGCACUCGGUUAGCUGGUCCCGGCAGGUCCUCACGCUACGAUCCGGGCUCCGCACCGGAUAAGACAUGGAAAACCAUAAACGGGGUGGCCAUCCCUCCUCGACCGGAGGAGCCCGACAAUUGCUGCAUGAGUGGCUGUGUCCACUGCGUAUGGGACGAUUUCCGAGACGAGCUGGAGGACUGGGCCUUCAGGCUUGAACAAGCCAAGGCGAAGGGUGCGAGCAAAAGUGAUGCCUCGGAUAUGCGGCAUACCCCACGAGCGGAAGUCCGCUCAGCUAGCAUGAGCAUGGAUGACGAUGGUGGUGGCAGUGAGACCAAUUGGUCGGCGCCUACUUCGGACGAUGACUUGUUCGCGAGUAUUCCUGUAGGGAUUCGAGAGUUCAUGAAAACGGAGAAGAAACUGAAGCAACGGCAUCAGCAGGAAUCAGCGUGAAAUGAUGCCCGGUACAUUUCUUUCUGCUUAGUGGCAUUUUUUCUCUUCUCUACUACGAAUACCCUUGUGUGAUGAUUGAUGUGGAUUAGCUUGGUGUUUGGACUAGAUUUGUACAUACUUAGACUAUACUACUGCUGCUUAGAUGUAGAUUGUAUAUAUUACUCCGCCAUGGUGGUGUUUAAAUUAUAUAUGCAAGAUGAUCCUAACACGA